AUGAACAGCACAACGGCAUCAAUCAAUUUCUUGACGGCCGACGAUGAAGCGUCGGCGAUGGAAGCUUUCAUCGGAACAAAUCACUCAACUCUCUGGCCACAAGCACCACCACCUCCUCCUCCUCUACUAUCUCAAUUCAACGAAGAUACUCUCCAGCAACGUCUCCAAGCUCUAAUCGAAUCCGCCGGAGAGAGCUGGACUUACGCGAUUUUCUGGCAGAUCUCACACGAUUUCAAUUCUUCCACUGGAGAGAACACGGUGAUUCUCGGAUGGGGAGACGGAUACUACAAAGGAGAAGAAGACAAAGAGAAAAAGAAGAAGACCUCGAAUCCCGCGGAGCAAGAGCAUCGGAAAAGAGUGAUCCGCGAGCUGAAUUCGUUAAUCUCCGGCGGAAUCGGAGUCUCCGACGAAUCGAACGACGAGGAAGUCACGGAUACCGAGUGGUUCUUCCUGGUUUCGAUGACGCAGAGCUUCGUGAACGGCGUUGGACUUCCCGGAGAAGCUUUCUUAAACUCUCGCGUGAUUUGGUUAUCCGGGUCGGGUGCUUUAGUCGGGUCGGGUUGUGAAAGAGCGGGGCAGGGUCAGAUUUACGGGUUACAGACGAUGGUGUGUAUCGCGGCGCAAAACGGCGUCGUCGAGCUUGGUUCGUCGGAAUUGAUAAGUCACAGCUCAGAUCUGAUGGAUAAAGUCAACAAUCUCUUCAAUUUCAACAACGGCAAUGGCGGCGAAGCGUGCUCUUGGGGGUUUAAUCUGAAUCCUGAUCAAGGAGAGAACGAUCCAGCUCAGUGGAUCAGUGAACCGACGACCACCGGAAUCGAAUCGGGUCAGGUAAUUCCGGCGAUUCACAACAGCAAUUCGAAUUCGAAUUCCAAAUCCGAUUCUCAUCGAAUUUCCAAGCUCGAGAAGAACGAGAGCUCGAUUGAGAACCCUAGACAGAAACAAAACCCACAAACUCCAUCUCCUGUAGAGCGAAAUUUGAAUUUCUCGAGCUCUGUGUUGAAUCAAAAAGGGAUGAAAUCGAACGAAUACCUACUAUUCCGUCUGGUUUUUGGUUCCUAG